UAUGGGGAUGGGGGCCCUGGACCUGCCCCCUUUCCCCCUCCCCGGGAGCCGCUACCAGCGGUAGGUGCCCCCCAAGCCGCUAUGGGGCAGGGUGCUGUGGGGCCGGUCGGGGUGCUGGGCUUGGCCGGGGUGCUGGGGCUGGCCGGGGCGCAGCCGGCCGGGCCCCCCCCGCUGCUGCUGGACCCGAGGCGCACGGUCCCGCCCGGCGGGGAAGCACAGAGCCACGGCCGGGACCUGGAUUGCUGGGAGGUGCGAAAACACAACAGCUCUGAGUGGUGCCGCUUCAUCCGGAGCAACCCCGACUGCCGGCUGGACGGCGGCUUCCUAAACUACCUGGAGGGAGUGUUCUGCACCUUCCCCCCCCGGCUGCUGCCCCUCGCCGUCACCCUCUAUGCUCUCUGGCUCCUGUACCUGUUCAUCAUCCUUGGAGUGACAGCAGAGAAGUUCUUCUGCCCCAACUUGUCGGCCAUCUCCACCAACCUGAGGCUGUCUCACAACGUGGCAGGUGUCACCUUCCUGGCCUUUGGCAAUGGGGCACCCGAUGUCUUCAGUGCCGUGGUGGCCUUCUCCAACCCGCGGACGGCAGGGCUGGCCAUUGGGGCUGUCUUUGGUGCUGGUGUGUUUGUGACCACGGUGGUGGCUGGUGGCAUCGCCCUGGUCAAGCCCUUCACAGCUGCCUCCAGGCCCUUCCUUAGGGAUGUCAUCUUCUACAUGCUGGCCGUCUUCCUCACCUUCCUGGUGCUCUACUUCGGCAGGAUCACACUGGGAGAGGCUCUGGGGUACAUGGGGCUGUACAUCUUCUAUGUCCUCACCGUGGUGCUGUGCACGUGGAUUCACCGGUGGCAGAGGGGCGAUGGACCGGGCGCCCCUGGAGCCUGGGAGCCAGAGAUGCCGACGGAUGCUGAAGAGCCGGAGUCCUCGGGCACAAACAGUGGGGACUAUGGUGAGGAGUACCGGCCCCUGCUCCCCUCGCGGGAGCCCUCCCUGCGCAUCCUCACCACUGCCCUCAGCCCCCUGGACUGGCGCAAGUGGAGGAGGAAGCCCUGGUACUGGCGGCUCUUUAAGGUCCUCAAGGUGCCAGUGGAGCUGGUGCUGCUGCUCACCAUUCCCGUUGUGGAUCCUGACAAGGAUGACCUGAACUGGAAGAGACCCCUCAACUGCCUGCACAUCAUCACCAGCCCCUUGCUCUGCAUCCUUACCCUCAAGUCAGGCACAUAUGGGCUGUACCAGAUCCAGGGCGUCUUCCCAGUCUGGGGACUGGUCACACUGGUUGGCUCUGUCCUGGCCAUCAUCAUCUUCAUCACCACAAGCAAUGAGGAGCCACCCAAGUACCAUUGUGUAUUUGCCUUCCUUGGGUUUCUGGCCAGUGCCAUGUGGAUCAAUGCUGCGGCCACAGAGCUGGUGAACAUCCUCCGGACCCUGGGCAUCAUCUUCCAGCUGAGCAACACCGUGCUGGGCCUGACACUGCUGGCCUGGGGCAACAGCAUCGGGGACACGUUCUCGGACCUCACCAUGGCACGGCAGGGCUAUCCCCGCAUGGCCUUCUCUGCCUGCUUCGGGGGCAUCAUCUUCAACAUCCUGGUUGGUGUGGGACUCGGGUGCCUGCUGCAGAUGACCAGCAGCCAGCUGGUGGUGAAGCUGGAGCCCGACAGCCUCCUGGUGUGGGUGCUGGCCGGGGCCCUGGGGCUGAGCUUGGUCUUCUCCUUCGUGUGGGUGCCCGCGCAGUGCUUCCAGCUGGGCAAGGCCUAUGGCAUCUGCCUCAUCCUCUACUACCUGGCCUUCCUCUGCGUGGCCCUGCUCACCGAGUUCAGGGUGAUCCGGCUCUCCCCAGUGUGAGCGGCCUCACUGCUGGCAGGAGAUGAGCAUCCAGCUCUGCUUCCCGGAAGGAUCACUGGGAAUGCUGUCCCCUCUCUCCAUCCCUGCCAGGGGGACAAGGGCACCUCAAUCCCAGCUGUGCCGCUGGAGGCAUCCCAUGCCAGCCCUUGGAAGCUGUUGGAAAGGAGGAGGAGCUGUGAAGUCAUUAGCUAUGUCUUCUCCCUGCUCUGUUUAAGCUUGUUUAACUCAAGGUGCCUCUGAGCAGGUUAAGACCUUGGCUUCCACUGAUCUCAGUGGCAGAGGAGAAGGCAGCUCCAGCCCAUGGUCACAGCAGGAGAGGUUUUACUUCUUCAACCACUUCACUUUCCCUUCCCCAUCUCUAUCCUGGUUGCUCUGGGCCUGGGCACACCUGCUCCACAAGGUUACACUGGAGAACACUGCAAAGGAGAUGAUAUGUUCAUGCUGCAGGUUUGAAAUAGCUGGGGCAGAGAGAGAUGAGGUUAAGGUCAGCCAAAGCUCCAGGGCAGUGCAAGCAAAGCCGGAGCAAAACCAAACCCAAGGAGCCUGGGUUCCCCUGUCUUUUUAAGCUGUGUUUUUCAACUUGAGUUUCAGAUCUUAAUUCCCUCCUCCUGGGGUGAGCAGAGCUGGGACUGGGAGGUUUCCACACACAGCGUUGGCCUUGAAGCACUGUAAACCACACCAAACUGCAAUAAAACCCCCAAACCCA